AUGGUAGUGGCAGUGGUGGCGUCUAAGGAAACGAAGAAAAGCAGCAGCUGGAACCCGCCUUUGGACACGAGUCCACUGGAUCUGUGUCAGCACAAUAAAAUGCUGCUUCCUGCAAAACUGUCUCAGUGUCCUGUAACUCAGCUUGAGAUUCCUGCAACAUUAAUUGGGGGCUCAUCUGGGAUUGUGGAGAGGAUGAGUUAUCACCUCCCUUGUCACCAGGGUGCAUCUCCUGGACAGCUGGGAGGAGAUCCACUAGGCGCCAAUGGACAGCUUGAUCCAGAAAAGGGACUCAUCCUCCAGAAAAUUUCCAAAAAUCCAUCUUUACUUGGAACUGCAAAUUCUCUGCAGCCCUCUCUUCCUGUGGUGAGUAAUGCCUUUUCCCCAACAGAAAGCAUAUGCAACUUCUCCAGAGUCUCCAAUCCAGCCAUCACUUCAGCAUGGCUACUGCCAUCAGCUUCUGACACCUCUUUAGAGCCACUUAUGAGUAGUGCCUACCUUUACCAACAUUCUAGCACAACCAUGUUGUCUGUGGUUACUGGUAAGAACCAGAUCUGUACUUCAGUUGCCUUUUAUCCAGGUGGUUUUGACUGGAAUAUCACAGGAAGCACAGAAAAGAAGUCAUCCUCAUUUGGGGAUGUCACUGUGAUGCUCAUUGACCAGAACACAGCAAUUUCUUCCAUGACUGUGACAACCCAAUAUGACAAAACUCCCAAAGCCAAGAUGGUGGUUCCUCUGUAUCCAUCAUUAUCUGCCAACUUUGUUCAAGGUACCCCUUCUCAGAUUCCAAAUCAAAGACAUCACCUGUCACAUCCCUACCAGGAAGAAAGCCAUGUCUAUUACUAUAAUCAGAACACAUCAGGGUCUUUGUUUCUUGGGGAACUUGGCCCCUGCCUACAACUCUAUGACAAUGAUACCUACACAGAGAGUAGGGCCUCUGCCCCUCAACCAGAAAUGGUGAUGGUGCUACAGGAGAUUCAGCCUAUGAAUGCACAAACACCAGUUUCUACCUCUGGAACCUACUAGUCAGUGGCUGCCCAACCCAUCACAGAAAUGAGCUUUCAAGUAAUGGAAACUUCCAUGGGAAUAGAUUCACUACUAUGGCAACCUCCAAGCCAGACAUUUUAUCUCCAACCAACUCCAGAAUUCCUCAAGUCCUGCAGUAGCAUGAAUGCUCAGAAACAUGAGAGUAACCCACCACUUGAGCUUGGAGAUAUUUCAGUGAAAAGCUCUGCCAAUACUUUGGCCAUUAUUCCAGCUCCAAACCGGGAACAAAAGCACUCAAACAGCACAGCCUCAAAAGCUGCAUCCAGCAGGGCCAGCAAAACUAAAGUCCAGAAGGAGGAAAAGAUCAAAAAGCCCAGAGAAAGCAUCUCCAACAAAGUUGAAGAGAGAAACAGACAGGGAACAAGUGAAGGCAGAGAAGACAACCAUUCCUAA